UUUUGAGACUGUUCGCGGGCGGUUCGCUGCGUUUUGAGACCAGUAUUCUCUGUUUCUGCAAUAAAAUGUCGACCAGCAAAAUGCUGACUUUUCGGAGCUUCCUCACGGAGCGGUUCACCAGCGUGGCCGUAGAGAUAUUUGAAGAAGUGGGAAACAUUGUGGAGGAGUUUCACCAGGAAAACAUCCGACUGCGGAACAUCCUGCACAUGGUGCUCAGUCCCGAGAUAAAGUUAACGCACAUAGAUUUCAGUAAACAAACCAGUGCUAAUCGAAGAUCAGAGGUCACAACAGUUGCCGCAGAGGAAAGGGAGCAGCCACCUGAGCUGAACACUGGAGUGGACUGGGAAAUAUCAGAGCCGCUGCCAAAGAUGCCUAAAGAAGAGCAGAUUGAAUAUGACAUAAGUUUUAAUUCAGAGCCAAUACAAGAGCAAGGUGGAUCUGACAGCACAGUCACCCCAGUCUGGGUGAAAAAUGAACCAGAACAGGAAGAUGAAGACAUGGACGCUGAGCCUGAAAUGUUUACUGUUCAAGAUUUGGAGACCAUUAGGGACUCUUCAGAUACUGCUUCCGCUGACAUGAGUUACAAACAUGAUGACAGUUCCCUGUCUAACUUGGGUGAAGUCUCAGAAUACUCGCAGCUACCCAGUAAUGAAGAUGGUGGAAGUGGAAGUCUGGAAAGCCAAAUAACUGAUUCACCAAAGGAAAAGAGGAUUUUAAAGACAGGCCUGCAGAAAACCCUGCUAGAAGAACCAAGGUCGAUGCCCACAACAUCUAUUGUUACAGCUUUACCGGACUACAACUUGUUUUUGGCAAGGCUCACUGAAGUCUAUAAGGAUUUUCCAGACGAUGAGAAGCCUUUGAUAACUACAAUGGGCCUCACAGCAAAUGUGAAAAUGGUGGACUGUGCUUUUGGUAAAGUGCCUGUAGGUUCUCCUCUGUCCUACCAAUGUCCCGUGCCAUCCGGUCAGGAUUAUAAACCUCACAAAGAUGCUCCCCAUCAACCAUCACUUCCCCUGCCCUAUAACAGACUUGAUCCAGAGUACAUCUCCUGUACUCUCACUCUCCUCGAGCAGGAAAUCUUGAAAAACAUGCGUGUCACUUGGGAAGCAGCUAACAGACUGGCGUACUCCACAUGUGAAAGCGAGUUUGUAGAAGAGCUACGCAAGCUGCGCUUGACUUGCCGUUUUAGGGAGAUCUGCAAACUCAAACCAGAAGGUGGGGAAGUGGAGCAAUUAAUAUCAAAAAUACGGAAAGGACCCCCCAUGUACAAGAUGGCGCUGAUUGACAGAGAGACGAAGAGUGAAGUACUUCGGGAAUACUGUCGACGUCUGUGUAUCAGCUGGUACCCCUGUGGUUUGGUUGUCCAUCCAAAUGCUCCAUGGUUGGGGGCACUGCCUGAUGGAUUAGCAUACGACCCUCAGGAGAAGCACUCUUUUGGGCUGGUGCAUGUCAAAUGCAUUGGGCUCCGUAGCUUUGUGAACUGUGGGUUCUUGGUCUGUUGGGGCGGUGUCAUGAAACUGCAAACGACCCACGAGUGCUACUGGCACAUCCAAGGAGAGAUGAUGGUAACGGGUGCAUCGUGGUGUGAUCUGCUGGUCUGGUCCAAAGAGGACCUAAUUGUUCAACGCAUCUACAGGGACAAAGGUGUGAUUGAGGUCAUGAAGAAGAAGUUGCCAGAUUUCUUUUUCCGUUACUAUCUGCAAACUCUGUUGCCACAGCUUGAUGCCACAGCUUGAGUGUUAUUGACUACACGGUGUUCCCUUCCCUUUUAUCAAAUUGUUAACAACUGAAAUGUGACAAAAUUUCUGACCAUUGAUGUUCUACUGUAAUUAUUCCAUAAUAUCAUUGGGCUACCUUUAUUGGUAGUUCCCUCAAGUCUAGUCUACACAAAGGUAUUGUUUUUGUUUGUAUAGUCAAGUUUAUGUUUUGUUUGUUAGCCAGGGAUACUUUGUUUUACACUGAAAAGGGUUUGGUUGUGUUUUUAUUCAACCCGUUUAUCACUCAUUCAUUAAUCUUUAUUGUAUUUCUAUUAUUAUCUUUUCAAAGGCUGCAUCUACAGAUGUGUAUUUUAUAAAGUAAUUUAUUGCUAAAGUUAUUAUUGAUUCCUUAAACAAAGAGGGUGGUCUGUCUCAUCAUGAUUGGGUAUUGUUCAGUCAAGUCAAUGCAAGUGUUAGUAAGUAUCUACCACAGGGUUCAAGUGUGGACAUAAAAAUAACUCUUAAGCAGAUUAAAAGUGACAUCCAUUGAUAUUGUUUGAAGUCUAAGAAAUAAAACAAAAAUGAAAGGUC